AAAGACAAGAACAGCUGAAACAUACAAAACAUGUGUGAACUGUUUCUAUAGCAUUAGAUUCUUGUCUCUGAAAAUUCAUUCUGAGAAAUGGCUUCAUUGAAACUGCCUCAGGUUGUUCCUUCUCCUACACAAGAUAGUGAACGAAUUCGAAAGGCUUUCCAAGGGUUUGGGACAGAUGAGAAGGAGAUAAUCUUGGUGUUAGGACACAGGAAUGCCCAACAAAGGAAGGAAAUCAGAGAAACUUAUCAGCAGCUUUACAAUGAAUCACUCAUUGAUAGUCUCAAGUCUGAACUUUCUGGUGAUUUCAGAAAUGCUGUAAUUCUCUGGACUUAUGAUCCAGCAGAAAGGCAUGCAAUACUAGCAAAGGAUGCAUUGAAGGCUAAGAAGAUAGGGAUUAAACAGUUACAGGUUCUAGUUGAAAUAGCAUGCACAUCAACUCCUAAUCAUUUAAUUGCUGUGAGGCAGAAUUACUGCAAUCUUUUUGAUAGCUCACUUGAAGAGGACAUUAUAGCCUCAGUUUCUCAGCCCCUCAAAAAGCUCUUAGUGAGCUUAGUAAGCUCUUACAGGUAUGAUAAAGUAGCUGUAAACUUGGAGGUUGCCAAGUCAGAGGCAUCAAGACUACAAGAAGCCAUCAACAGUAAGCAAUUAGAUGAUGAUCACAUUGUUUGGAUACUUAGCACCAGGAAUCUUUUCCAGCUCCGGGAAACUUUUGCAUGCUACAAGCAACUCUAUGGCAAUACCUUGGAAGAGGGCAUAAAAAGUUGUGGGAAGGGUGACUUGGAGUCUCUCUUACAUUUGGUAGUACAUUGCAUUGACUUCCCCGAGAAACAUUUUGCAAAGGUUGUAAGAGAUUCUAUUGUUGGGUUUGGAACUGAUGAAGACUCCCUGAACAGAGCUAUUGUAACUCGAGCUGAAAUCGACCUGUUGAAUGUCAGAUUUGAGUAUGCUAACAUGUACAAGUGCAGUCUUGAUGACGAUGUCGAUGGGGAUACCUCAGGGGACUACCGAGAGUUUUUGCGGACUUUGCUAGGGAACGGUCCGAAGGGAGACUGAUACAUCAUAGGAAGGAGUACCACUCAUGGUGUUCUGGUGUUGCUUGUAAUCUGCAUUUGAUGGUCUGCAUUCUGUAUUAUAUGUUGCACCGACUUUGCAAAAUGAAUCACAAUUGACGAUUGAAACUAAACCAAUCAUAUAUAUGUUUGUUAUUCUGCAAUGAUUUUGUGUAAAUUUAUGUCUUCUCCAAAAAACUGAAAGAACGUGGUGUAUAAAUAACAAGGUAUUGGUGGUGUAAAUUAUAUAGAAGUUGUUAUCAUGGAUUCAGUGAUUUGUAUCAUUCAAACAAUGUGCAUACCAGGCACCAUGAAACUUCCUGUGAGUUGUGAUGUUUUUUCUGUUGAUCAAUGGACAAAAAGUUAUUAGUGUUUUUUUUC